ACAUUCCCCCUAAGAACAAAAAUGCUACUUUAUCUUUCUCACGCUUUACUAUAUUCCACACUUCUUAUCAAAAUCCAAAGCAAUAGAAAAUUCAUGAGCUAAAGAAUUUAAGUUUCUACAAUGGCAGAAACUGCAGAGAAGAAACCACACAUAGUGAUGACACCAUUCAUGGCACAUGGUCAUCUCAUUCCAUUCCUAGCCCUAGCAAGAAAAAUUCAAGAAACAACUACUACCUUCAAAAUCACAAUAGCCACCACUCCCCUCAACAUUCAACACCUUAAAUCUGCAAUAUCCAACACAUUUUCUUCCUCUAACAAUGAUAUCUCAAUCAAUCUUGCUGAGUUACCUUUCAAUCAUAGCCAAUAUGGUUUACCACCAAACGUAGAGAAUACAGAAAAGCUUCCUCUAACUGAUAUAAUCAAACUCUUUCAUGCAUCAACUAGCCUUGAAGCUCCUCUAAGCUCUUUAAUAUCAAAGAUCACACAACAAGAGGGUCAACCUCCAAUUUGUAUUAUAUCAGAUGUGUUUCUUGGUUGGGCUACCAAUGUUGCAAAGAGUUUAGGAACUAGGAAUAUAUCAUUCACUACUUGUGGUGCUUAUGGAACUUUGGCUUAUAUCUCUAUUUGGUGUAAUCUACCUCAUAGGAAAACAGAUUCUGAUGAGUUUUGGGUUCCAGGGUUUCCUCAAAACUACAGAUUCCACAUCUCUCAGAUGCAUAGAUAUCUAAGAGCAGCUGAUGGAACUGAUGAUUGGUCAAAAUUCUUCCCUCCACAGAUAGCACUUUCUAUGAAAUCUGAUGGAUGGAUUUGUAACACUGUUGAGGAGAUUGAGAAUUUAGGGCUGCAACUAUUGAAGAACUAUCUUCAACUUCCUGUUUGGUGUAUUGGUCCUCUUCUUCCAUCAACUACAUUAAAGGGUUCGAAUUCAAAGUAUCGUGCCGGAAAAGAAUCCGGUAUAGCUCUUGAAGAAUGCAUGGAGUGGCUUGAUUUGAAAGAUGAGAAUUCUGUUCUUUACAUAUCUUUUGGAUCACAGAACACAGUAAGUGCUUCACAAAUGAUGGCAUUGGCUGAAGGGUUAGAAGAAAGUGAGAAACUUUUCAUUUGGGUUAUUAGACCACCUUGUGGUUUUGACAUUAAUGCAGAGUUCAAAGCAGAAUGGUUGCCAGAAGGAUUUGAAGAGAGAAUGAAGCAUAGUAAAAGGGGUUUGUUGGUGCAUAAAUGGGGACCUCAGUUAGAGAUUCUAUCACACAAAUCAACAGGAGCAUUUCUAAGUCAUUGUGGGUGGAAUUCUGUAUUGGAGAGUCUUAGCCAAGGGGUGCCAAUUAUUGGUUGGCCACUUGCAGCAGAACAAGCAUACAAUGCAAAGAUGUUGGUAGAAGAAAUGGGGGUGAGUGUGGAACUGACAAGAACUGUGGAAAGUGUGAUUUCUAAGGAAGAUGUGAAGUGGGUCAUAGAAAUAGUUAUGGAUCAAGAAGGAAAGGGAAAAGAGAUGAAGGAGAAAGCAAAUGAGAUUGCAGUACACAUGAGAGAGGCAACAGUAGAGAAAGGUAAAGAAAAGGGGUCUUCAUUGAGAGCAAUGGAUGAUUUUGUUAGAACCAUUUUGCAAGUAUAAUAAGGUUCUAUGAAUUGUUGCAUUUGAAUUUGAGAAUUAAAGUUCCUUAUGUCUACAUAUACUGGCUGAUCUACAAUCUUUUAAUAGGGAUAAUGUUAUUACUAUGAAGGCAAAGUAUAAUUGACCAUUUAAUACCUUUA